UGAUUCUUUUAACCGUCAGUUGUGAGAUUCACAGUGAACCUGAAUUUUAUUGUCGCAGCUUCUUUUAUUGAACACUUUCCAUAAUGAAUAUCAAAUCCUUUUUUAGUUAUUUAAAUUUAACCAAAUUUGAUUAUUUGACCUGCAUCUUUGCCUGUGCUUUUAUUUUUCAAGGUUUGGUUGUAACACAACUGAUGGAGGAUAAAGUUUGUUUAAAUGAUCUUAAAUUGGAUCCAGAUUUUUGCAGAAACUUUGCUUCUCAUGCAAACUCUAGUGAAACUCAAGAGAUACUUCGAACAGCCAAUUCAUUCAAAAGAUGGCAAAAUUUUGUAACCAACGCUCCAUCUUUAGUUGUGUCCAUUUUUAUGGGUUAUUGGCUAGGAAAUUAUCCAAAAUACUUUAAACUUAUGAUGAUUGUUCCCUUCAUUGGAGGUAUUGGUAUGAUUAUCCUGUUAUUGAUCAAUCUUUUUGCAUUUAAAACUCCUUGGUGGGGUUUACUGGUCGCUUAUAGUCCUUACUCGUUGUCUGGAGGAACCACAUUGUUAUUCAGUGCUGUUUAUACCUCAACUACAUGGGGAACUCCGAGCCAUCUUGUCAUCGUUAGAUUUGGUGUGCUUGAAUUUUUAGCCAAAAUGUCUAUGCUAAGCUCGAGUUAUGCCAGUGGUAAGGUGCUUGCCAUGAGUCCUUGGAUUUCAGGUCAAUCGAAAAACUAUGUUGGCGUGCUCAUUGUUAGUAUGGCAUUGUAUUUAUUUGGAUUGUUGGUCACAAUUUUGAUGAAACCAGCCUUUACUUAUGAGAAAAAACCGGAAAAAGAAAACGCUACUCUUUCUCAAAUUGUUAGUGAUGUUUUUCGCAUUUCACGAGUUAAGGAGUGCAUUUUUUUGAUUACAAAGCAAAGACCAAAUCAGGGUCGACUUCGAUUGAUAUUGUUGUUGACAUCAGGAGCCAUUUGUAAUGCAUCCAUUUCAGGAGAAGACGGUAUUGCCUAUCAGUUUGCUCAGCGAGUUUAUGGACUGACUGAAGAUGCAUAUACAUCAAUGUUGACCCUUGUUUACAUACCACCAACCAUUGCCACUUCAAUUGCACCUUCAAUCCUUAAAUAUUUAGGUCUUUCUGAUUCGAGUAUCGCUAUAUUUGGAUCUUUAUCAUUGGCUGCAUUUUUCACUAUAAGAGGACUCUUUUUGUCGAUUCGGGGUUACAUUGCUGGGUAUGUGAUUGGUUCAUGUGGACGGAUUGCAAGCGUUGCAAUUCGUAGUCUCAUUGUUUUCACUAUUCCUUCAAAUGAAUCGGCACAAGUUUUCACCAUUUCAACGGCACUUGAAACUCUUUUUGGGUUAGGAGCCGUUUUCCUUUACACUACAAUAUUUAGUGCAACAAUUGCUGAUCAUCCUGGUGUUGUCAUGGUGUGUGUCGGUGCUGCAGUAUUAUAUCCAUUGUCUGUGAGCUGUUGGAUUAGACUUGUGCAAAGUAAAAGUAUCGUAGAUGCGCCUGAAGUCAACUUGGGAUCCAAAUUAUCCAUUUCAGAAGAUAAGGAAGCUAACUUAUCAAAUAUUGCUGUUUAAAUUAAAUAUUUAUAUUAAAAUAUUUUAUACAUUGUCUUA